AUGAAUCGGACCCCUUUUGCUCACGAGGACGAGCUCUACCACCAGCUUUACAUUACGUCGGAUCAGCGCUCCGUUCAACGGCGGCCUAAAGCGAUAGCUUCUGCCUCUCAGAAUGGUAGCACUACAAUAGACACUACAACAGAGAAAACCUAUCUUCCUGGCCAGCCGUACAUUGGCCUAGGGGACCCGAGGAUCGGAUCUUAUCUUGAAUCCGAGCUUGUGACGAGAGACCUCAACAAGCUCGCCCCCCACCUUUGGCUAGUCGCCAAACAAGACAGCUCUCAUAUAUCAUCUCUCACCCAUCAGAUUGUCAGAGGGCGUCAGAUCAUCAUCACCGAGAAGCCGGAAUUGCAUCUCGUCUGGAUCUACAAUCGCGUUUACAUCAAGCCAAUACCCAGAUAUCUCUUAUCACAUGCGUUUUGGAAGUUCUACCUCAUCGACAAACACUCACCGGUACCGGAACCGCUGAGACAAGACAUUACAAGAGCAGCUCUUGGCUUUUUGAGGUCAUACCGGUACCUGGUACAGCACAAAUCAGACUUUGUCCUUGCCACAGACGACAAAGUACGGUUGCUGCCCAAAGGCACGCGCCAUUCUGACUUUAUCAGGUUCAUCCGGCGUUUCGAACAGAUGACGGAUACUGACGUCUCGCCACGCUACGAGUUUGGAGAAUUACGAUUAACACGACUGAACUUCUGGACUAAGAUAUUUCUUCGACGCUACACCUAUCAGAAAGUUCACGGGCAGUACGGCGCUUAUUUCGCUCAAUUCUACGGUCCAAUCCUUUUCGUCUUUGGAGUUUUCAGUGUAGCUCUCAGUGCCAUGCAAGUCGGCCUAGCGAUUCAACCUUUCGUCAAAGUGGGACCAUCAUGGACGGUAUUUGCUGAAGUCUCCCGUUGGUUCGCGAUCUCGACACUUUUAUGUGUGGCUCUCAUAGUGCUGUUCCUUAUAGCCAUACUCGCAUCCCUCUCGGGUCGCGAAACCGUGUUCGCUAUCAAGGACCGGAUUCUGAAAGCGACACCAAUGCCUCUAGAAGAUGCCGAGGCCAGAAUGCCCGUGGGUCAGUGA